UAAUCAUCAGUGUACGUUUCGUCCACUAGAUGAAAAUAGCAAUGUAUGAGAUAGUUUGGUUAUGUGUAAUUCUCUUGCUGGUUGGAAAUGCUACCAGCAAAACGUUACAGAAAACAUCGCCGAUAAAGGAAAGUUUUCACGACAGUAUUGUCAUGAAAAGAGAUGCGGCAAGUUUUUGCGCUGACAAAGCAGCUGGUGACUAUGCAAGUCCUGAUUCUUGCAGUAAUUACAUCACGUGCAGUUCUGGUAUUAACGUCGAAACCACGUGUCCACACAAUUUAUUAUAUGACGUCAUUCACCAUACUUGUGAUCACGAAUAUAAUUUUUUGACAUGUCCAGAUAUUUGUCCAAUUCCUGUGGAACAACCGUGUGAGACAAAAUUACCUCAAAAUACAGUGAAGAAAGCUUGCAAGAGAUGGCGAGCAGUUGACCUGCAGAGAGCUCGAGCAUGGUACAAACUUACUGAAGAAGGAAAAGAAAGAAAGAUUCUUUUCCCUUUUACAUUCAUACCAUGGUUGAACCAAAGCAUUGAAUCUGUUGUGUUUCAUACUGCAAUUGACCCCUUCGAAUCCAGAUGGGCUUCUCUUUUCAGCACCGUUCGAUCAGCGGUAGGAAAAGUAAAAUUAGGAAUAAUUGAACAAAUGUCAACAAAGGAAUUUUUUACAUAUGAUGAUUAUAAGCAAGUCUAUUAUUCUUUCAAUAAUGGGGUUAAGGCAUUGAAAACACCGCAAUACUAUGGAAAUCCAGCCUUCGAAAAUGCUAAAAAUAUUAUUGACAGCGAGCAAUGGACAUCAGACGACUUUUUUGUCAUGAAAAGAUUGGCUGGAGCAUGUCCGUUUCUUUUAAAAAGAGUGACCACGGAUAGAAGCGUUGGCUUUCAUAGAGAUCUCCUAAAGAAGCAAUUAAACCCAAGUUUUCCUUUUGAUCGAGCUCUUAGCAUUACAAUUGGAUACUCAAUUACAAUCGAUUCUGCUGUCUCUACCAACCGUUUGUACGUUCUUUAUCACGAGGAACACAAUGGUUUGGCAUCGUUGAAUGACAUGCUUGAUGUUAACCCAACGGACACGAGAGAUAUGAUGAAUACAACAUCGCCAAUUGCUUUGUUCGUGAAAGAUAACACCGGGGCUUUGAAAAUUGCAGCCAUUCAAAUUGAUUAUUUGCCAGAUUCGAAAGUGUACACCCCACACUCCAGUUCAGUGGAAUGGUUGACAGCCAAAGCGAUGGUCGAAUCUGCAGAUGGGAACAUCUGCCAAGCCAUGCAUCACCUCUCACACAUCCAUUUUUCAUCGACUGUAUACUGUACAAUAUUUCGACGUCAUUUUAGCAGACAACAUCCAAUUUACGACAUCAUGAAGUAUCACUGCGAGGGAAUGACACCUCAUAUCUCUCUAUCGUUUCCAGUCCUCUCGUUUCCAGAACAAGCAGGACAUAUGUUGUUAUCCGUUGGACACACAGGUUUCGUCAAGCUGGCCACUGACGCGUAUAACCAACACAGCUAUGAUUUGUUGGAUUACGAUAAACUGCUUUCUUCUCGUGGUAUUGAUGACAACAGCAUAAAAUACUAUCCAUUCCGAGAUGAUGCCAAAUUAAUAUGGGAAGAAUUGGACAUUUUUGCGACAGAUUUCGUUAACCUAUACUAUGCUUCAGAUUCAGUUGUCAGCGGAGAUACUGAACUUCAAAGUUUCGCUAAUGAAAUGUCGAUUUCUGGGAGAAAUGGUAAAGACGGAGGUAAUGGUAAGAUGAAAGGAUUUCCCGCUCAAUUUACAUCGACUUCUCAACUUCGAACGUUCAUACGACGAUUUAUCUGGAUGGUUGUCUUCCAUACUGUAGUUAAUUAUCCCGCCGAACCCUUUAACUCAUACGCACCGCUUGCACCCACGAAAAUGUACCAUGACACACACGCGGAUGCACAAACUAACUUUGCUCGUGUUUUACCGGAUGCUCCAACAACAAUAGGUAUCGCGGAGUUCGCCACUUUUCUUGGCAACACUCGCAUUAAUCGAAUCAUGGACCAUUAUGACAAAGUGGGUCACGAUUCACUUUCUUUACUCAUCAGAAAAUCAUACACACGCCUUCAUUCGUGCAUACAAGGUAUACUUAAGAAGAGAAACAAUGAGAGAGUUGCUAAUAAUCAACUACCGUACCGGUACUUAGAGCCUGAUUGGAUUCCAAACAGUGCUCAUAUUUAAUUCUGAGUGUAAACUGAGAAAAUAAUAAUAGAAAAAUAUGGUGAUAGUUAUUGCAA